AUGGAGAACGUUACAUUGUGGGAGCUCCUUGAGCAACUUUUUCCAGUUGAACAGACACGUCAUACAGUCAAAUGGGACUACACUGACGAUCUUCCGCCGCGGCCGCCAAAGCGGCCCAAGAUAGCCGCAGAAACACCGGGAACACCCUAUAUGGCUGUUCAUCGUCAACGUCUAUCUAUCACAGACUCUGCUGGCAUCCCAGUCUCACCCUCUUCAAAAUCUAUCAUUCGGAAGAACGCACAAGAUGAAAUCAGCUUGCGACUCAUCAACUCCCGAAACAUCGUCCUCACUUCACGUCAAGCAGUCUGGAGCAAUAAACUACGCACUUCGCUAGAACUGCCUGAACUGAACUCAGACGAUACCCUGGAGUUGCUUUUCCUCUUAGCCGACAAGAGUCACGGCUUUACCGAAAAUCCUGGUCGCUUCUGGGCUUCGGUAGACAUCAGCCUUGAGCUCGAAUCUGACCAUGUGAAGUUUCUCUUGGAUUUUGAGUUGAGGUGGAACGAAGCCAGUCGUGUGAUCCCUGAACUGCACAAGGAAACUGAGCGAAAUCUGCGGCAUCGUGUCCUGGGAAGGUUCUUCCCCAACAUCCACUCGGGAAAAAUCUUUCGCAACGCUCCACAUCAGGGAACAGGCAAUUCUCCGCAGGAUUUCUACGAGGCCGCUUUCGUCCCGACCGAGGAAGAGUACCCAGUGUCAUCUUUGCACAUCCCAAGGCUGGUCCCUGAGCUCUACCCGUUUCAGAAACGUGCAGUCCACUGGUUACUGGAGCGUGAAGGAGUUCGGUGGAGCGACAAGGAACUCGGCAAGCAGCCAGGGCUCGUUCCACUCAAUGCAGACCGAGGAGAUAUACCUUCACAUUUCAAAAAGGUACUCGACAUCGACAACAAUACAUUCUAUGUCAGCGGACUUUAUGGCGUUGUCUCGAGGGAUCCGAGCUUGUUUGCGGCCAAGGAAAGCUCACUACGUGGCGGGAUCUUAUCGGAAGAGAUGGGGUUGGGUAAAACCGUUGAGAUGAUAUCUCUGAUUCUCUUGCAUCAGCGCUCUGUCGAGAGCCCAAGGAUAUUCAACAACUACACAGACGCCGAUGUUCGGCCGACUGGUGCGACCCUCAUCAUUACUCCGCCAUCCCUCAAACAGCAGUGGCUCUCUGAGCUGAAUAGACAUGCUCCUCACCUGCGUGUGGUGGUCUACUCUGGUAUCCGGGCGUCAUGCAAAGACGAGGCCAGCGAAGCAGCUCUGGUCGAAGAGCUCGCCCAGUCUGACGUUGUGGUGACGACCUACAACGAGCUACGCAAUGAGCUCUAUUUUGCUCUAGAUCCGCCGUCAAGAGCAAUGCGCAAUGAGAGAAAGUACCAUAGGUCGAAGUCCCCUCUGAUGCAGCUGUCAUGGUGGCGCGUGUGUCUUGACGAGGCGCAAGAGAUUGAAAGCGGAGUCAGCAAAACGGCACAAUUGGCGACAAUCAUUCCGCGUGUAAAUGCAUGGGGAGUGACAGGCACGCCUGUCAAGGAAGGCAUCAAGGAUCUCUGGGGCCUGCUCGUGUUCCUCAACUACGAACCGUACGCUUCGGUACCGAAGGUUUGGCAGUCCCUGAUUACUUGCCACAAAGAUUCGUUCCGCGAAUUGUUCAGUCGUCUCGCCAUCCGACACACCAAGCGACAUGUCAGGCAUGAGCUCACAUUGCCUCCGCAAAAGCGAUACGUCAUUACAAUGCCGUUCACCGCCGUUGAGGAACAACAUUAUCAAGACUUGUUCAAGCAACUCACAGCGGAUUGUGGUCUGGAUACAGAGGGUAUUCCGCUAGCUGAUGACUGGGACCCAGAAGAUCCAGCUGUUUUGGAGGCUAUGCGGACGGCUCUGAACCGUCUGCGUCAGACUGCUCUUCAUCCCGAGGUUGGCGUACAUAAUCGUCGAGCUCUUUGGAACAAAAGUGGUCCGAUGAGGACCGUGGCAGAAGUUCUGGGUGCGAUGAUUGAACAGAGCCAGAACGCCAUUGUCAUUGACAAGAGGGUCUUGAUUACGAACAAGCUGACCCGAGGCCAACUGCUUGAAAACUCUCCACGUGUGAGGGAAGCGCUCGCGAUUUGGGAAGGAGUCUUGCCAGAGAUCGACGAUAUGGUCAAGGAAUGCCGUGAAGAGCUUCAGAAAGAGAUCGAAGAUGCGAAGAAAGCGGGCGCCAAGAUCGACAACAACGCCGACAGCGAAGACGAACCCGAAGAAACAUUCCCCAGACGGGUAGGUGAGGCGCAGCGCAGCCUCCGGUACGCCCUCGAGCUCCAGCACAAGGCUGUCUUCUUCUGUGCAAACGCGCACUUCCAGAUCAAAUCGAAUGAGGAAAUGACGGUUCCCGAGUCGGAUGACUUCGAGCGAUUGGAGAAACUCGAGACUGAAGCGUACGAGAGGGCGAAGAGGAUUCGGAGAGAAAUCCUUCAAGAGAGCCACGGCAAAGCGACUCGCCAUAUGGAGAAGUUGUCGGCCAAGGCUAAUCAGCAAGACUUCGCAGUCAUUCCUGAACUUCAGAUCUCGUCCAGACACGGCAUCGAGACUGGCCGGAUCGUUGAGACGAUAGAGGCUUUGAAUGGUGCCUUGAAUGAGCAAGCCAAUAUUCUAGACGAGUGGCGCGAGGAAGUUGUUCAGCUUCUCCUCAAAGAUCUGGUUGAUGAGGACGAUGAUGUCGAGAUCACUGGCGAAGAGUAUGUUGACUCAACAAAGGUGCAGGAGACGCUGAUUGCCUACAUUACCGUUUUGAGAGCUGUCCUGGCCGACCGACAGAGUGCGCUCACGGGCUUGCAGCUCAGUAAGCUGUCAAUCGAUGAGAUCAAAGGCGCGAUCUACUUCGCCAAACAGGGUGAGGGCCCGGUCCCAGAGAAGGUACUAGAGCUGUUCAAAAUUCGCGAUGCUAUCAAGCCGCCCAGCGACCUAGGAUCCCUCAGGAGUGCUAUUGUCGAGUUCCGCGACCUCUCUACCACCCUUCGACACCCGGCUGCCAAUGGUAGCAAUCGUGCUCGGGUCGAACUUGAGAUCGCCACUGAGCAGAUGAAAGCAACACAGAGCCAGCUCACAGAGCAGACCAAAGCAGUGGCAGGUAUCGAGCAGGAGCUCGACAGAUUCACCAGUGCCAUGAAUGCUCGCGUCGAAUACUACCGACAACUCCAAGUGGUUUCAGACAUGGUGGACCCAUACGAAGGCCCGAAAGACGACGCAGCUAUGGCUGGCCUCCAAAACGAGGGAGACACGCUACUCCAGAAGUUGACUGCCUCGCAGUCCAAGCAUCGAUACCUCUUGCAUUUGAAGGAGACCGAUUCGAAAGAGGAACAGAACAUGUGCGUCAUCUGUCAGUCGAGCUUUACGAUGGGCGUUUUGACAGUUUGCGGCCAUCAAUUCUGUAAAGACUGCAUCACACUAUGGUUCAGGGCCCAUCAUAACUGCCCUGUGUGUAAGAAGAAGCUUUUAGCAAGCAACCUACAUGACAUCACCCUCAAGCCCCAGGAACUCAAGGUUCAUACGGAGACGACCCAUACCGAGGAGGCGGCUGCUCAGCGAGACAGCCCGAGGACGAAGCGAUCCACCAUCUACAGUGCGUUCAGCGCAGAGAAACUGGCCGAGAUCAAGACCAUCGAUUUGCCAGGCCCAUCUUUCACAACCAAAGUCGACACUCUGGUCCGACACCUGCAGUGGCUGAGACAAACGGACCCAGGAGCAAAAUCGAUUGUUUUCUCUCAAUACCCUGAGUUUCUGCGCGUCCUUGCUCUGGCUUUUCGCCGUCAUCACAUUGGUCAUACGGCCUUUACCGACCGCGAUGGGAUCACUCGGUUCAAGGAAGAUCCGGGUAUUGAAUGCUUCCUCUUACAUGCUCGUGCCCACUCGAGCGGCCUCAAUCUCGUCAACGCGAGCCACGUUAUCUUAUGCGAGCCGCUUCUGAAUACCGCGCUGGAGCUACAGGCAAUUGCGCGAGUCGAUCGAAUCGGGCAAGAACACGAGACAACGGUUUGGCUAUACAUUGUAGACGGAACGGUGGAACAAUCCAUCUAUGAUCUCUCCGUCCGGAGGCGUCUGGAGCACAUGGGACGCAACGUGAAGGGCAAGUCGAAAGAGUCUACACCGGAACUGCUAGACUCCAACUUGGAAGCAGCGAACGCGAUGGAGAUGGAGGAAGCAAACCUGGCGAAAUUGAUGGGCAAGGGCAAAUUGUCUGGGGAAGAAGUGCCAAAGGGUGAUCUUUGGGAAUGCCUGUUUGGAAGCGUGACCCGAGCAGGGAGCUCUGGCGAGGAUGCCUUGCGCGAGAACCCCGAGGUACGCCGCUUCUUGGCCGCGGAAGCCGCCGAGGGCAGACAGGCUCAGCCCGAGGUUUCCGAUUGA